AUGCCACUCAUCCUUGACUCAUCCUCCGAAUCCUCUGUUGAGCCAACUGUAGAUCCACAGGAACAUCGAAGGAGAGUUCAUCAUGAUGCCGAUGUUCUUAUUAUCGGCGCUGGAGUCCUUGGUUGUGCCCUUGCGGUCGCGCUAGGAAACCAAGGCCGCAGCGUCAUAUUAUUAGAGAGAUCCUUAAAAGAGCCAGACCGUAUCGUUGGUGAACUACUGCAACCCGGAGGUGUUGAGGCCUUGGCCAAACUGGGCUUGCGCCAUACCCUCGACGACAUUGAUGCCAUCCCCGUUACUGGCUAUACUGUUUUAUUUUACGACGAGAACGUUCGCAUCCCGUAUCCUGCCAACACCACGGGAGACCUAUUCGCAGAUCCGGCCAAAGAGAAGUUGAAACCACACAGAAGGCCUGAGGGACGAGCAUUCCACCACGGUCGCUUCAUAUCCAAGCUACGUGCCGCUGCCCUCGCACAUCCAAACGUCACGGUCUUCGAAACCGAGGCUACAAGUUUGAUUUCCUCUACCUAUACUUCACAAAUCCUUGGUGUCCAUGCUAUGACUCGGAAAACCCAGAAAGACUUCUUCUUUGCGUCGUUGACCGUGGCUUGCGAUGGGUACGCGUCCAAGUUUCGAAAACCAUAUCAUCAUAUCGCACCACAGGUCAAAUCUAAAUUUUGGGGACUGGAGCUGAUUGAUUGCCCUCUCCCCACUCCGCAAAAUGGAAUCGUCUGCCUGGGUAAUAAUGCACCAGUCUUGCUGUAUCAAAUCGGAACACACGAGACCAGAGCGUUAGUUGAUAUCCCAGAUGGAUUGGACACAACAUCUACGGCCCAUGGGGGAGUAAAAGGCCAUCUACAAAAGGUUGUACUCCCCUCGCUCCCGGAGCAGGUUCAACCCUCAUUCCAAGCUGCCCUAGAGAGUGGUCCCAUUCGAAGCAUGCCAAAUUCUUUACUUCCCGCAACAACAAAUAAGACUCCCGGCUUCGCAAUCCUCGGUGACGCUUUAAACAUGCGCCAUCCACUCACAGGGGGCGGCAUGACCGUGGCCCUGAAUGAUGUGGUCGUUAUCUCCGACUUACUCUCUCCGCAACAAGUUCCAGACCUCGCCCAGACAGAUCUAGUCCUCAAGCAGUUCCGUGCUUUCCAUUGGCGUCGCAAAAAUCUAACAUCAAUCAUCAACAUUCUGGCUCAGGCUCUCUAUUCUCUGUUCGCUGCGUCCGACUGGAAACUGAAAUAUCUUCAGAAAGGCUGUUUCAGAUACUUCCAGCGGGGUGGCAACUGUGUUGAUGGCCCGGUCGGCCUGUUGGCAGGCAUCAUUCAACAACCUCUUGUUCUCAUUGACCACUUCUACAGGGUUGCGUUGUUGAGUAUCUGGGUCCUUGUUUUAGAAAACGGUAUUCUCCUCUUCCCUCUGAGUCUUGUACAGGGUGUUCUGGUCUUUUGGAAAGCUUGUCAGGUUAUAUUCCCCUUCAUAUUCAAUGAGCUGAGGAGUUGA